AUGGAAGAGGAAACAAGCCAGUUUGAUUCCAUAAAUGAAUUCCAAAUGUGGUUAAGGGAGCUACAAAAUCUCAAUGAUGUCGAGUACAUUAAACCUUGUGGAACAACUUUAACAUAUAAUCAAAACAGUGCAGUAUAUUAUAUCUGUAACAGAAGUGGAAAAACCCGUGACUUUUCUUCUUCCAGUAAAAUAAUUAAAAAUAAAAUAUGUGGAUUCAAAAAGAUAGGCUUUUCGUGUUCAAGUCAAAUAAAGCUUAUUAUAAAUAAGAACUCCUCAGUAUCAAUGACUUUUUUAAAAACUCAUUAUGGACAUGAUUUUGAUAUUAAACACUUGAGGUUACCGAAAGAAGAUAAAAUAAACAUUGCUCAGAAACUUACUCUUGGUAUUAAUAUGACAAAAAUUUUGGAUACAUAUAGAGAAAAUUUUGAUGAACAGAAAUUGAAAAGGGCUGAUUUGUUGACAAGAAAGGAUAUUCGAAAUAUUAAAUCUUCAUACAAUAUCCACCUUCAAGAAGGAGUUCGACCUUCAGAAGACGCUAUUAGUGUUGACAUGUAUGUGAAAGAGUGCAAUCUAUCAGACAGUAAUCCAGUGAUAUUUUAUAAACCGCAAAACACAAAAGAUGAUUUUUACAAUUUAAGACAUGAAGAUUUUUGUAUAAUUAUAAUGAAUAAUUCACAAAAAAACAUGCUGAUGCAAUUUGGUAAUAAUGUUAUUGCUAUAGAUAGUACCCACGGUCUAAACUCAUACGAUUUUGAGUUGACUACCGUUUUGGUUGUUGAUGACUGGGGUGAAGGUUUCCCAGGGGCAUGUAUGUUGACCAACAGAAAAGAUAGUCAUAUUUUUGCAGUAUUUUACCAAAAAUUAAAAGAACAAAUAGGGAUCUUAAAACCUAAGUCAUUCAUGACCGAUGUUACAAAUGUUUUUUAUAACCCCUGGAAACAAGUCAUGGGAGAUGUACCGAGCCAAUUAUAUUGUGCUUGGCAUGUAGACCGCGCAUGGCAGUCAAAUAUUAAUAAAAUUAUUGAUCCUUCUAUUAGACAAAAUGUGUAUCAUGCGCUUAAAGUUUUACAAACCCUAAUUGAUAAAGAUGAAUUCCACAAAAUAUUGUCAACUUUAUUAACAUCGCUUCUUGAAGACCCUAAGACCUAUAAUUUUGGAUUAUAUUUCCAAAACAAUUAUGCACAUAUAUAUGAAAAGUGGGCCUACUGUUAUCGCCAAAAUACCGGAAUUAAUACAAAUAUGCGUUUGGAAAGCAUGCAUAAAGUUAUUAAGUAUUUAUAUUUAGGAGGUAAGAAAAUAAAGAGGUUAGAUAAAGGUCUUUUUGCUUUAAAUAAAUACAUCCGA